AUGGCAAAGGGCAUAGAUAGAGAGAGGGGUGAAGAAUUUGGGCUGGUGAUUCAACACCCUGAUGGCUACGUGGGUGAUGGAUUUGAGGAGGACAAGACUGGAGCCCGAUGGCGCGCUGCCCAGCAAACAUGUCGGCAAAGGGAAGCCGCAGCUGCACCCAGCUGCGUAAGAAGCCUGGCCCCUUGUGCUCCUUGCGCAGAGCUGCAGUUCCCCGUGAGCCGCGUGGAGCACCUGCUGCGCGAGCGCCACGACGACACACACCUGUGCCCAUCCGCGCUCGUGUUUCUGGCCGGCGUCCUCAAGUACUUGACGUUCAACAUCCUGGAGCUGGCGGGCAAGGAGGGCUGCAGCAACCAGUGGAUGUGCAUCACCCCCCAGCAGCUGGAGCGGGUAGUGGACAGCAACGAGCACCUGCGCUGCCUCUUCGACAAGAACGCUUUCUCUGAGGUCGAUAGCGUGCCCCAGCCCAUGGAGAUGUGAUGCCUGGGCAAGACCUCAGGGACCGCCCACCCCAGUCAUCGACCUGCCUCGCCAGGGGGUGCUCGUCUUCUGCCAUCAUCACAUGCUAUUAAAGCGAGUAAAUCCAGUGCCCACUUCGGAUUCCUCUAUAUCUGCUGCUUGGUUGGGUGACCGUGGGACACCCAGGGCGAGGCAGCCC